AUCAAGGAAUUGCUCAAUAACGAGGCAAAGGUCUUGCAACAUGAUAUCAGCAGGAUCAUCUCUGGAAUAAAAAAUAUGCGUACCUUUCAAGGUGAGUCUCCGUUGUUUGUGCGUUGUCCUGAGGACGAUACGAGAAACUUUCGCAACAUGUUUUAUUCGAAAUUGAGUUCAUACCGUAGCGAAGCGAUAUUUCCGAAUUUGGAAACCUUUAUGGAUGAAUAUUUACACAAGAGAAAGCACCACUGGCUUUGGCAGAAGGAAAAGAAAGACAAACAGAAAGCAAUUCAAAGGGGGUAUAAGCGGAAAGCAUCCACAGGAAGAUCUUUGCUUUCACGUAAAGUAAAAUCUACUAUUGUUGAAGAUGAACAAAUAUCUUUCUUAAACAAGGAAUUGAAAACCACUAACCCGAACAAAUCCUCCAUACUUGUUUCUACUCAAGAAAAGGAGCAUAUCUUGAAUGUUCAAUUCUGUUCAGCCUUCCAGUCAGGAUCUACUUUCAAUGUCCGUACCAUGGAUGAUGAUAUAGACAACUGUGAACUAGUCUUAUCCAAUGUUGACUACGAAAAUAAAAAUAUAUUCGGUUUCUUCAGGAUUUUUGAAACCGUCGAUGCUACCAAGUCGUACUACCAGCAGGUUACAAAUUUGGUUCAUUAUCUCUGUGGGUACGAUAGCAACUCUAGUUCUCUACCAAGAAGCGCCAGUCUUCUCAGAAAACUAAACAUAUUGAAUAGGUUGGGAAAUGAUAAGCGUGUCACUUUACCCAGUGGGAACCUCUCAGAUGGUUCGUCAGUUAUCCCUAUUGAAGGAUACAUUAUUGAUUUCAUGACAAAUGACUUACGGUUUUUGAAGUCUCCCAAAUUGGAUAGUAAAAUCGUGUUCAGGAGUUCGGUAGCCACCAAAAUGAAAUCAAGUCGCAUUAGAAUCCAACUUCUUGAAUGGAUGAGAAUUCAACCAUUUGUACAGUUCAAGGAGUCCUAUUUCUUGAAGUUUUUGAAUGAAACUAACAAGAAUUUAUUACAAUUUCCUAAGUCUAAAGCACCAAGAAUGCAAAAAUCCGAAGCACUACAUAUGACAAAAGAAUUCAGAUCAAACAUAUACGAGUUGACAAAGGACUUCCCAUGGGACGAAGACGCAUCCAUUCCAGUUUGGGAAGAGCAGAAGGCUGCCAGACAGUUUGGACCACGUAAAUACCGAGAUUUUUUUAUGGAUGAUUGGGAGAGAAACUUGGCCCACAGAUUGAGCGAGCAAUUGACUAGGGACGAUUCAGCUUCGUUGGUUAACAUACAAUUGAACUACAUCUUGUUCACUUUAAAGGUUGACAUUAUUGAAUAUUUGAAUACUGUAAUUGAGUGUUAUCUCCAGAAAAGCAGCAUGCCUACUGAAGUUAGAGAUGCCUACAACAAUGUUUUCGAGAAGAUACUCACGGAAGAAGAGGAUAAGAGGGAUGCUGACAGAGAAAGUCAAGUUACCACUCUAAUUUGCUCCUUGAAUAGAAAGACUAGAGAAAUGGAAAUCCACAAUACUCUGCCAUUCUUG